UGAUGGAUUCUUUGCAUAACAGAUGCGCAGAUCGCUCCUUACGUUUCAUCCGCAGUUGGACACUGGUUGAAUCAAACAGUCGGCGCCGUUUUGGAUCCUAUCCAGCAGGAAGGAAAUCAAUUCCAUCAUCAGUUGAGCGAGCGGUCAUUGUCAGACGAAUGCCAUCGCUCAGAUUUAAUGGGAACACUGACGCAGAAUGCCAGUCCAUUUCUGUUUCCAUGCGCAAUUGAAUAUUCGCUCAUUUGCGCUGCCAUCAUGUACGAGAUCUGGAAGCACACUGGGAAAGAUUGUCACAACAGGUUGAUGCUGGUCCAUGGAAUAAACGAUUCGCCGGCCGGCACACGUACGCCUAGGACUCCCGGCGGAAGCUAUCACCCGUGUUCGCAACGUCGCUCCCCUCACCACUAUUCCGUCGAUUGCACCAACGCCAACAAGGGCCUAUUCUUCGGAAUCUUUGUCUUGGUACUAAGCAUUCUGGCCAUGAUCCUGUUUUUCGUCCUCAUCCAUCGGGAGGACUACAAAAGUGUUGCCAUCACCAUCAUCCAUGUGGCCGAGUUCGUUCUCUACAUGAUGACGUUGAUUGCCGUCUUGAUCGGAAUCAAACAAGUGAGCCAGUUGCAAUUUGACACUUCUCAUCCGCUGGAUCUCGACAACAUUUUGCUGAUUGUGGCUUUUACUGGAGUCAUUGCUUACAACGUUUGGUGUUGUUCCGUGCCCAAUGAUCAUCUAAACGAAGUAGAUUUGUAA